UUUUUUUUUUUAGUGGUUGGUAAAUUCUUUCAGAAUUGUGUUUCCCCAAAUAGUGGUUGGCCUAAGAAUUUCUAAAGUAUAAUCUCAACACACACUCCAUUUAUUAACACACAAAUUAUAGACUUUAUCUUGCCCAGGAUUAGGUAUCUCUUACUUUAGAACUCAGAAACAUUACCUUCAGUUACACAGGGAAAAUAAAGAUGAUUCAAUCAAGUACUUUAGAGUUACUCACUCAGUUGUAUCUGACUCUUUGCAACCCCAUGGACCAUAGUCCAUGAGGCUCCUCUGUUCAGGGGAUUCUCCAGGCAAAAAUGCUGGAGUGGGCUGCCAUUUCCUUCUGCAGGGGAUCUUCCCGACCCAGGAAUCGAACCUCGGGUCUCCCACAUUGCGUGCAGAUUGUUUACCAUCUGAGCCACCAGGGAAGCCCACAUUAAGUAUAAACCUUAAGUAGUAAAUGUAUACUGUUGUUUAGUAGCUAGUGAAGUGAAUGAAGUCGCUCAGUCGUGUCCAACUCUUUGCGAGCCCGUGGACUGUAGCCCACCAGGCUCCUCUGUCUAUGGGAUUCUCCAGGCAAGAAUACUGGAAUGGGUUACCCAUUUCCUUCUCCAGCGGAUCUUCCCGACCCAGGGAUUGAACCCGGGUCUCCAGCAUUGGAGGCAGACGCUUUAAACUCUGAGCCGAGUCCAACUCCUAGAGUUGGAAUUCUAAGUGUUCCCUUGGAAUUUUUCUGAAGGAGCUUUCAACUUCCAAAGUCUCCAGAACCACACCCUCAAUGAUAAUGUUAAAAAAACUCACAGGAAAGGGCUUCGAAUGUAUUCAUUCAUACAACAGUCACUCAUGAAUAAGAAAGCAGGCAAGCUUAGCUUUCACAUGUUAUGGAGGAGGGACAGAGGGGAGGAGAAAAACGAAAAGUGCUUAUGGGUGGCGGAAGGAGGAGGAGACUUUUAAAAGAGCAAUCUUGGGCCGGAGCCAUUUCAGAAGUAAGGAGAGUGUUCAUUUUAUCAACCUUGACCUUUCUGAGCAUGGAGAGCAGAAACGAGGAGAACAACUCCACAGAGAAAUCUGAAGAACGUAUGAGUUGCAGACCUACAUCAGUAGAAGCUGAAAAGGGACAGGGAACUUCUGGUGAAGCAGAGAUAGCAAAAAAUUCAGCACAGGGGACCAAAAGAAAAAGAGAAACAAAAAAUAGCACAGCCUGCGGUCCAGGAGACAAGUCACAACGUUGUGACGGUGUGAAACCUCCGAAGACACCGACGCGGAUCCCCAUCCCCCCUCUACCUGCUGUCCUGCCGCCUGUCAACCUGGUCCAUAGGGACGUCAUUCGUGCUUGGUGCCAGCAGUUAAAACUGAGCACCAAAGGCCCGAAACUAGAUGGAUAUAAACGACUCUGUGAAUAUGCUUAUCCUCAUCAAAAAAACAUUCCUGCCACAGCACAGGAGGCCAGGAUCCUGUCACUAUCAAAAAGGAUAAAGAUAGAAAAGGGGGAACUACCACUGGAAUGCUCUCUUGAGAGAACGUCUUCUGAAGGGGCUGCUCCUCCUGCACCAGGGCCACCUGCCCUUGAGGGAGCUCCUCCGCCUCCUGAGGCUGUUGUAUCAACUUCAGCCCCCAACUCAGAAGCUGUGUUUGCCGCCUGGAGCAGAAUGACAGCCAGGGCCGUGAAGACGGAGUCAGUACGAUCACAAGAGACUUGUGAGGUCCAGUGGUGCGUGGUCCACGGGAGAAGUCUCCCAGCUAACACAGAAGGCUGGGUUCGUUUACAGUUUCAUGCUGGGCAGGCCUGGGUACCUGGAAAACGAAGGAGGGUGUCUGCAUUCUUCCUGAUACCGUCUGGUGACUUUCCACCCCCACACCUGGAGGACAAUAUGCUGUGCCCUGAGUGUGUACACAGGAAUAAAGUAUUAACAAAAAGCCUGCAGUGAGAUCAUAGUACCAGUAAAAGGGUACAGCUAUGAUUAUAAUUAAUGAUAGAGAAGUGACUACAAUCAACUCCACGGUGACUUUAGACAGCUGAACUCUGGGCCGCUCCAUUCUCUCCAUGCUUCCUGCUUCCAGGGUGCACAGCCUGCUUACAAGGUUGCAUGAUAAAGAAAGCCUGUGAACUGAUGGGAAACAGAAGCAGAAGUGACUGUCUCUCCAAAGAUGCCCAGCCCUAAGGGAGCAGAGGAUAAAGGAGAUGGGGACAUUUUAAAAAUACUAAGUCACUGAAUGGAAUUAAUUUGCUUGAAAAUGCCUCAGGUAAAUCUCUACAUUGAACAAAAUGGGUCUUAUAGGCAACAGUUGAAAUUUGGUCAUAUACACCUUAAGCAGAUAUUCAACCUUAUCCUCACCAGGCAUGGUACAAGCAAAAAUGUGUUUCCUGACGUGAUACAAUGUAUCGCUGACAAUAUUCUUGCCCCAAAGAAUCUAUUUACAGGGAAGCAGUCAGUCCUGAUUAUGCCUCUUGUCUCAGGGUAAUUAGGUGAGCUUACCAUCCUUUGGGUGUCAGUUACUUAGAUGUACCCAUCCAUAUGUAAAUAUUCACAACUUAUGCACUUAAGAUGUCUAUAUUUUAUGUAUAUGUGAGUUAUAUAUAAUUUUUUAAGUGUUCCAGAUUGAAUGAUACAUUAUAGUGCCUCUAGUAAAAAGGCAACUAGAAAAUUUUAAACUUAAAACUUUUAUUUUAAAAUAAAAUACUCUAGGCCAGAUCAGGAGUGAGGUUGAACCAGGGCUGAGGCAGCCAAGGCCCCUCCUUCCCAUAUCAGUGGAUCCUGCCCAGAGUAUGCCUGGCUGCCGUUGCAGGCAAGUGGGGUGGAGUAUGACUGGGCAGUGCGGGCACUGAGACAAAGCUGUUUCCAGUUACAAAGCAGGGAUCACAGCAAACACACCCGCCACAGAAGCACUAUGGCAUUGCUUCUCCCUUCUGCUUAGCACCCCCCAAGGAGACUAACUGCCUACUUACACAGAAACUAGUGGAGACUCUGAAGCCCUUUGGGAUUUUUGAAGAGAAAGAGGAACUUCAAUGCAGGAUUUUAAUUUUGGGAAAAUUAACCUGGUAAAAGACUGGAUAUGAGAAAUCAGUGAAAGCAAUAAUCUUCCACAAUCUCUAAUUGAACAUGCUGAUGGGAAAAUGUUUACCUCUGGAUCUUACUGAUUAGGUGUACAUACAAAAAACUGCCAAUAUUGAUGCAUUGUGUGUUGCACCAAGACAUGUUGAUUGAAGUGACUUUUUCACCUCAUUCUAUGAUAAGUUGAAAUUACAGGGAGAAGUAGAAGAUUUAAGAGCUGUUGAAGAGGCAUUUGUACCAAGUUAUCAAACUGUUUGAUGGAAUAGAGAUUGAUAUUUUGUUUGCAAGAUUAGCACUGCAGACUAUUCCAGGAAACUUGGACUUAAAACAUGACAGUCUGCUUAAAAAUUUAGAUAUGUAUAAGAAGUCUUAAUGAUUGCAGGGUUUUGAUUUUGUUGCAAAUCAAUGAAAUGGUUUUAUGAGAUGUUUUACAUCUAGUAUCAAACAUUGACAACUUCAGGUUAACCCUGAGGGCUAUCAAACUGUGGGCCAAAUGCCACAACAUCUACUCCAAUAUAUUAGGUUUCUUCAGUGAUAUCUCCUGGGAUAUGCUCAUAGCAGGAACUUGCCAGCUUUGUCCAAAUGCGAUAGCAUCAACUCUUGUACAUAAAUUUUUCUUGGUAUUUUCUAAAUGAUAUGUGUUUAGAUUAUAUUAAAAUAAAGUUGAUUAUAGACACUGAAAAAUAAAAUACUCCAUUGUGUAUGUGAAA